AUGUCAAUAAUCAACGAUGAGAACGGGAAACCGUACAAAGUGCACUUGUGCAAAACGAACAUUGCUCAGAAUAAUAACAAAUUCUACGAUAUGGAAAUGUUGGAUAAUGGAGGAAGCGGGGCACAUCGAUUUUCUGUGAAACUGAUCAAUGGUCGUAUCGGCUACCGAGGUGUGACACAUUUAAAAGAUUUCGGGGAUUUGGUCAAAGCAAAAUCAUUUUUCGAGGCCAAAUUCUUCGAAAAAACUCAUUUGCACUGGGAAGAGCGUCAGGAUGAGCCGGUGCCGAAUAAGUAUGUCGUCGUGGAUUUGAUGGAUAAUAAUUCGAUGAAAAAAGAAGAAGAAGAAGAAGAAGACGUCAAAAAGGAGGAAGAAGAGGAGGAGGAAGAGAAGAAGCCACAGACAAAAAAGACACGUGGCAGAAAGAAGAAGGCUGAGGAGGAGGUGGAAGUGAAGAAGGAGGAGUCAGAGGAGGAAGAAGCAGAAGACGUGGAUCAGAAGGUGAAGGAUUUGAUGAGAUGCAUCUGUGAUGAAGACGUUCAUUUGGGCCUUCUGAAGCAGUUGAAAUUCAACGAGGCGUAUGGAAAACCUAUUGACUGCCUCUCACUGGCCCAACUACAGACGGGCUACGAUAUUUUGGCGACUAUCGAGACAUCGAUUGGUGGCAAAAAAGCCGCCCGAUCUGGCACCCGUUCUCGUGCUGCCCCAACGCCUUCAAAAAAUCCAGGAGCCUCGACUCACGACACCAACAAGUACUACUCCCUGAUUCCUCACUCCUUCGGAUUCCAAGUUCCUCCGAAAAUCGAUACUUUGGCCAAAGUAGAAGCGGAACGAGAGCUUCUAGACGCCUUAAAAGGAUCCAUAGAGGCGUCGAUGGAGGUGAAGGACGUCAAAAAAGAGAAAUCCAACAAGGAUAUCUAUCAACGACUCUACGAACGUCUUCCAUGUCAUCUGGAGCCGGUUUCAGAAGACGUCGCGGGGAAGAUAGGGGAGUGUUUGAAGAUGAGAGGACCCACACACUUCUUCAAGUUGUCUUAUCUGGAUGCGUUUGAGUUGAAGAAUCCCGAGGAGGCUCCAAAGCCAGCGAAACGAGCCAGAAAGUCUGCUCCAUCGACUACCAAACGUCUUCUCUGGCACGGUACACGUGUCACGAACGUCUUCUCGAUUCUGAUGAACGGUCUCCAGAUGCCAGAGGGGGAUCGGUGUGGAUUGAUGUUCGGAAAUGGGGUGUAUUUUGCGAAUGUGCCAACGAAAUCGGCGAAUUAUUGUUGUCCAGAGGUGUCGAAGAGAGUCUUCAUGCUUCUUUGUGAGGUGGAAACCUCCAACCCACUGGUUCUCUACCAAUCCGAACCGGAUGCCGACGAUAUGAUGGCCAAGAAAAAGAAGCUAUCAGUGUAUGCAGCUGGAAAACACCGGCCAACUGAGACUGUGGAGAUCAACGAAAUUCCAGCAUUCAAAUCUGGCCUUGAGCAAAUCGAGGAGGAAAGUCAGCUACUGUACGAUGAGUAUGUGAUGUUCGACCAGGACAGAUUCAAGAUCAAAUAUGUGGUCGAAGUAAAAGUGGAGAAAAUCACAGCUGCCGAAAUGAGAGGACAAUAA